AUGCUUUUCGGUCCUUUCGGUGAUGUGACGCGCGCUUUGAUUUUGGAUGUGGUUUUGGUGAUGGUGCAGAGUAGGCACAAUGUCCUUUUUGUGACUUGA